AUGGAGAAGACCGUUUCGUACAACGGGGCCGAGGACAAUCUCAUGAAGCUCACUGUGUGGACCUCCACCCUCCAGCGAGCCAUCGCCACUUCACAGCGCAAGAUCCAACUGCGUUGCUUGGACGAAAUCGAUGCAGGCAAGUGCGAUGGCAUGACCUACGAGGAAAUUGCUAAGAAGAUGCCCGAGGAGUUUGCUGCUCGUGCUGCGGAAGAGGAAGAUGUCAUCCAAGUACCUUUUACUAGAUCGCGAUCACUCACAGCGCUGUACGCCUACGUCAAGGAGAAGCUCGCCGGCGAGUGCCCGCACGUUGGUGUGCACCUGCCACCGCCCAGAGGUGAUGAUUAA